ACCCUAAGUCAAUGGACCGACAGUCAUCAAGCCAAAUGGGGCUAUUCUUGCGAGUAGAUCUGUCGAUCGAUAAGUCUAAAAGAACACACAGACAGCAUGGAGAGGAAAGCAGGGAGAAUGGCAGUUGAAGCGAAUCAGCCUCGGCUCGGUUCCGGAUCGUUUGGGGUCUCCGCACUCUCUUUGCAGCAGUCUCCAUCGACUUAAAAGCAUCGAUUGAAUAGGUGUGAUGUUUUUAUGAAGAUAUUAAUGAGAGAAUUGAAUCUUGAUUGAUUAUUCUUGAUACGCAGUUUACUUGCUUGCACCAUUUGUAUGCCCAUAACCACCUCCUAUUGCACUCCGUACCUACGAUACUAACCACCCAAGAAUCCAGUUUACAUCGCAAAACCACCACCAAAAUGUCCCUCCAAACCCCCCUCUGCCCUCUCCUCAACAUUCAACACCCCAUCCUCCUCGCAGGAAUGGCCCGCGCCUCAAGCGCCCCCCUUGCCGCCGCCGUCUCCAAUGCCGGCGGUCUAGGAACAAUCGCGCUUCUCCGCUCCCCCAACCUCCCCUUCGGCGUCGAUCUGGCCCUCCCGCAGGUCGGUGGUAAUGCGCGCGCGACGAACCACGAUUACACACAUGGGCAGCUGGAUGAGUUGAUUGAGGUUGUUAUUGAGCAUGGGGCGAAGUUGUUUGUUUCGGCUGUGGGUGUUCCGCCCGAGCGGACGAUUAAGAGGUUACAUGAGGCGGGCAUUUUGGUGAUGAAUAUGGUUGGCGCGCCGAAACAUGCGGAGAAGGCGUUGGGGUUGGGGGUGGAUAUGGUCUGUGCGCAGGGUGGGGAGGGGGGUGGGCAUACGGGGGAUAUACCGUUCUCUGUGCUUGUGCCUGCGGUUGUGGAUGUGGCGAGGAGGUUUAGGAGUCCACUGACGGGGGGACCGGCGCUGGUUGUGGCUGCGGGGGGUGUUAAUGAUGGGAGGAGUUUGGCGGCGGCGUUGAUGUUGGGUGCUGCUGGGGUUUGGGUUGGGACGAGGUUUGUUGCGGCUGAAGAGAGUGGUGCUAGUCGGUUGCAUAAGGAGGCUGUUGUGGGUGCGAGGUAUGGGGAUACGAAGCGGACGCUGGUUAUUUCGGGGCGGCCGCUGCGGAUGCUGCCGAAUGAGUAUGUUAAGGAGUGGGAGAAACGGCCGGAUGAGAUUGCACGGUUGACUGCUAAGGGUGUCGUGCCUAUUGAGCAUGACUUUGAGAACGACAAGGAGGUUGAGAUUCCGUUUUUGAUGGGUGAUGUCUCGGCUAGUGUCCAGGAGAUCAAACCGGCCGGUGCGAUUGUCCAGGAAAUGGUCCAGCAGGCUGUGGCCAUGUUGAGACAAGGUGGUUCGUAUAUCACCAGUGAACCAGCGAGUAAACUAUAGCGCUGUUGAGGUUUAUCUCUACCUCAAAAUGUACAUACUGACAGACACCAAUUCGAGUUUCCGAUUCAAUGCAUUGUAGUAGAAUGAUCCAUGGCCGUGGUAUGAGAGACAUGCUUUUGGACGUAAAUAACAUGGUACGUACUUGUACAGGGACAACAACAAGAAGCAGACAAACCCGGAACCCGUACAACUAACCAGACAUACUUCAGCCCUGGCCGGUCAGGAGACCAACGUCAGGACAAGGCUGCGAGAUGCUUGUC